ACGGGUGAGCGGGAGUGGAAACAACCUCGAAAUUCACCAACUUUGUCAUUCUCGUCACAAUUGGACAGCCUGCGGUAUUUUGGGCAUAUCUCCAUCGUUUCUUCACGGAAUUGCAAACCGUUUGAUUCUGAAGUCAAGGGAAAGUUGUUGUCCAGAAUUUUGGAUACUCUGGUGAACAACGGUUCCGACGAUUAACUCAUUAACUUCAAUAUUCCAACACCGAACCUCCUCUACGAUACCUUCCGGAUGUUCGUAGAAGUUGAUGCUGCGUUUGGAACUCAUGAUUUUGGAUACUUGGAUGGAGGGGCUCGUUUCAACGAGGCCGCUCUAUUGGAGGAAAUCGGCAUUGGGAAUUUCAUCCAUACACCCACGCAUCGCCGUCCAAUGAUCACUUCCAUGAAUUAAUAUGCAUCAAUUCAUUUUCUAUGUCUUGACACGGAUUCUCAAGCCCCGGAUGUACAAUCACACCACGCUCGCUCAAGAGAACACCAAGACGCUCCAUGCGAUCAUUCACAAUUGGUGCAAGUUUGUGAUGACUCAAAUAUUUGGCGCCAUCACCAACGACAAGCCUCUCCCCUACGCUCUCCUUGUCAUGGCCAUCCUUGAUGAGUACAACAUGAAGACGGAUGUUGGGCCAAAACAAAAGGGAACCAAAUAUUGGGAGAUCGACGAAUCUUCUUUCCACUCGGGCAUCGAAGAUGUUCCCUUUCCUCCAUCACGUCCUUGCCGAAAAGCUCUUGCACCUUCAUUAAACCUUGAGUCUCUUUCAGAGUAAAUGGCUGCCUCUCACCCGGAUUGAUUCAUAUGUCAACCGGACGGCUCAAAGUGUGGAUACAUUAAGCUGAGAGCUUCAUGCUUAUUUCGACUUCGUCAAUUACCCAUACGCUUAACGCGUUCCAUACAACAACCCUGCAAACUUUGGAUUUGAGGGUCAAUCAAGUGGGUUGAACGAA